UCUAUGGAAUAAGGGUGCCAUUCAUAACAUGGCGUUUUGGAGGGUGAAGGUUUCGAACUGUGGACUAUUGCUAUCGCAUUUGCCUCGCCGUAACAGGACAAGAUCGAGGAAAUACGCUCAGUUGUGCCUGUGCCCCUUUUCGAAUGCGGCCUGGAACCACAAGUGCCGAAAUACGGAAUGGAGGCUACAGCCCUGGAAUUGCCUACAGGCGUGCGGUAUCCACAGUUCGAGCCUGCCCAGUCCCAUCAGCGGAGAGGUAACGGUGGUGUACAAGGACGGCCUUCCCGAGAUCACGGUGCCGCUGCCCUCUCGACGGGACCGGUGCCGCUUCACGCUGCGGCCGCUGGGCAGCACAGUGGGCGACUUCAUGCGCAGCAUCUGCGUCGAGGACCGCGGCGUCGACCACGUCACUGUCACCUCCACAGAUGGCGUGCGCAUUGCAUCGACGUCCAGCAUCGAGUCUCUCCUGCGAGAGAACUUCAUCCUAACCCUCAACAACCAGGUCUACCUCGUUGAACCGCCAUCUAUAGACCGCCUGACGAGCGAGGAGACGCAGACGCUGUCCGACCUGAAGAUGCUGGUUGCGCGGCUGUACGAGAGCCUGACGGUGAGCGAGCACCAGCUGGAGCAGGAGCGCAAGCUGCUGGACCGCCUGCACAGCGUCAAGGAGCAGCUGGGCCCGCUGGAGCGCAAGAAGAGCGAGCUCAUGUCGCUCUCUCAGCGGCGCACCACGCUGCUGUCGUGGCUCGGACUGGGCCUGAUGGGCGUCCAGUUCGGCAUACUGGCCAGGCUCACCUGGUGGGAGUACUCGUGGGACAUCAUGGAGCCCGUCACCUACUUCAUCACCUACGGCACCACCAUGGCCAUGUACGCCUACUUCGUCGUCACCCGCCAGGACUACGUGCUUCCGGAAGUGCGGGACCGCCAGUUCCUGAUAUCCUUCUACAAGUUCGCCCGUCGCCAGGGCAUGGAUGUGUCUCGCUACAACGCCCUUCGCGACGAGCUCUACGAGAUCGAGGAAGAGCUGCGCCGCCUCAGGGACCCCCUGCAGAAGCACCUUCCCGUGCGCGAACUAGGCCAGCCUUGCAAGGAGGAGGACAAGCAGCAGUCCAGCUAGCUCCUUCUCGCCGCCCGAUGGACCGCUGUCUAGUUGCCUCGUCGCCUGCCUCUCUAGAGGCAUCGCCACCCACGCAUCUUCCCUUGUCUGUCCCUCCCACCCUCUUCUCUUGGUGCUCAGCCCAAGCCAAAAAAAAAAAUUGUUUUCGCCUUUAGCGAACCCAGAGAUGGACAGUGCUGACCUUACCACGAUGUUGUUUUUAAAUCCUACGCGUAACGAAAUGGCUUAAUUUCUCGGAUACUCUGCGCGGUACUAAAUAUUCGUUCUUCAGCGCCCGUGUAAGCGAGACAACUGUCCAGCGUUGGCGAGUUGGCAUUUCUCCACCAAAGUGGAGACCCUCUGUAUGGGUCCUGUCUCGACGUCAGCAGGUUCAGCUUUAAUUCGUGGGCACUUCAAGCGUGGCACCGUCCACCGCUCGUGCUUACCCAUAGAGUGUCAGGGACUUACGCGGGCGCAACUUCGCUUUUCGUAUUAACUGAUAAUUGAAAACAUCUCGUUCCCGUAUACGAUUGAGAGGAGCUUCGUUGCCAUCUGAAAACUCACUGCAACGCGGCUGUAACGUCGCGAGGUCAUCGCGCACGUUCGUGUGUGAAACCGUGUCAGAUGAAAUGUUCGUGUAAAGUUGGAAAGAAAAAGAAGGUUGUGACGGCACCUCCGUAUAAGCCCGAUAGCGUACAGGCGCCGGGAGAUAGAUGACGUAAUGUCUGCGUCAACUUUAUGCGCCACUUGUUAAGGGAAUAGACUCUUCGGCUCCUUAUGAACUCAUUCGCGCUUCAGUGCCUAAUACAACUGUCGCUCUAGCGUGCAUGUAUAGACAGCAAGUUCCGGACACUUGUGCGGUGUCAUGCCGUUGAUUCUCGGACGUCGAGCAAAGCAACACUGCAAGCACGACUUUAGUGGUUGUUCUCAGACACACUGUGGUUUCUCGUGCGCGAAGCUGUAGACUUACGGUAUGCUGUUGAUUUGCAGGGUAACAGUAUGCAGAGGGGCUCAUGUGUGUGGUACAAGCGAUAAGUGCGCGCUGUUCUCCGGCAUGACGACCAUUCUUUGGUCGAAAGAAAUGAUGUGGCAUUCGUUAGCGGCAGUUAGGGCGCUCGCGAUGCUUUCACCAGCUCACAUAUUACACUCUGUGAAUGAUGGUCUGUAGAAGCAAGCUUCUGUUUCCUGAUGUCAGCUCCCCGUUGCCCCCUUGAGGCGCGGUGCUUGAGGUAACGCUGUGUUUUCAAACGCUAGCAGCGCUCCUAAGAGUCUGCAGAGCAUUGAGCUGUCGGUAGCAUACAAGGUCCUUCUGUUGUUGUUUUUUUUUCUCCUUUUCUCGCAGUUAUAACGAAGGCAGCGAGCUUGAGUCAACAACUUCCCGAGCAUAUUGUCGGGAGGGUGUCCUUAAAGACAGGUCCCGAGUGCGAACGAGGCCUGUGCAUUCGUUCCAAAACGCCACAUCUGCGUGUUGGAUGGCUUUGCCCGCGGGCGAUUGUCAACUACAAAUCCAACAAGAACACCCCCCCCCCCCCCAAAAAAAAAAAAAAAAGCGACGUCGAAACCCGACACACUGCCGCACUGCUAUGUCGAAAAGAAGUCAAGCCCGCACUGACUGACGUAUAUUUCUAGAAAGAGUCGCGCGUGUUGUUUGGCUCCUGCUGAAUCACUACUGUACUGAAGUGCCGCGACAAGUACUUGACAACGUCGCUAGCGAUCCUGCGGUUCGGGCGCGCAAUGAUUUUGUGCGUGUGCGUGGUUUCUAGCUGAAGUGAUGAUGUCUUAUGCUGGUGCCGUUGCCUCUACAGCAUCUCCGUAUCUAUAUAUGCACGUGUGUAACUCUCGGAUACUCGUACUUAAACAAGAAACCGAAGCCCAGAGUGAGAGCACAAAACUGUGCCGCUAUACAGGAUGUUUUAUUUACACAAUACAGAUUCUUUAUAAAAAUUUUAUGACGGUCAGGCUCCUGUCGUUUUCACACAUGAAGUCGAUGUCGAGGCGGAAAUACUUUCCCGCAGCUAAAAUGACGUUGACGCGACUAAUUAACAAAAACUCGUUAAUUAGCUUUUUUAAAUUAUUGACUUGAGUGCAGUGGUUUAUAGCAGGAAGUUGUAGUGCAUGAUGAUUUAUGGCAUGCCCAUUUUUUAGAAAUCACAAAAGUUGCACGUAGUUCGAGAUGUUCAUCAUCGAAUUUCUAGGGCGAAAUCGAAACUGAUUGCGCCCGGCGUGCACAAAGUGCGGCGGAACACCGGAACGACACGUGACAAAGAAGUGACGAAAUUUGAAUGAAGGCGCGCCGAAGCAGAAUCUGUUCAGAAAAAUCGGCAAGCAUUCUGAAAUACACAAGUAGACGGCGUAAUCUUUGCGUGCGAUGGGUGGUGCUUAUUUGUUUAGUUCUUAAAAUAUAGAGAGGCACGAAAAAUCAUUUCGCGUGCCUGCAAGAAGAAGCGCCGCAGUGGCUGCCCCCGAGUUUUAUGCUUCCCAGACGAAGAAAAGAUUGAUACUGCAAUUUUCCUGUGCACAGUUCGAAAGAAACGGAUAAGCACCAAGCACUACUAGCAGAAGUAAGGCGAUGCGCGGGCACAAGUGAGAUGACUUUUGCAGCUAAUCACGAAAACAUACUGCCGCGGUGCCAUUCAGAUUCGUCGCUCCCUUGUGACUGGUAGUUCCGGUCUGACGUAGCAGAACGGUCGCACUUCGUGCGCGCCUUGCGCGAUCAGUUUCGAUUUCGCCCUUGAAAUUCGAUGAAUAUCUCGAGCUACGUGCAACUUUCGUGAUUUCUAAAAAAAUGGGUAUGCCAUAAAUUGGCACGCACUACAACCUUGUAAUACAAACACCUGCCAUCAAGUCACCAAAUAAAACGUUAAUUAAAGAGUUUUCGUUAAUUAGUCGCAACAGUGUCAUUUUAACUGCGGCAAAGUAUUUCCGUCUCGACGUAGAGUUCGUGUGCGAAAACGACAGGUGCCUUACUGUCGUAGGAUUUUUGUAAAAAAUCUGUAUUGUCUAAAAAAAAAAAACACCCUCUAUAAUGCUGUCCGAGCGUAUAUAUAGGAUACGAUCCGUGUAUACUUGUCUGUAACUAACGGAUGAAUGGAAGACGCGUGACACGUGACACAGCUACAGUUAACCGAACAACACUGAAACGCGCUGACGAGUGCAUCGCCCCAAGUCAUGUUGACAGGAGGCGAAAAAAAAAAAAAAUCUACACGGGGAUGGAUGAACUUGAGAUUGCACCGCCCUCGCACUUACUCGUGCUAGCAUUCUAAUCAAUUAAAGUGUUUGCUUUUAUAAUCACAAGUACGACGUUGACGGAUAUGUCGUUUACUUAUUUUUCGUCGCAUGCAGCGUCGAGCGUCUUCAUAUGCAUACUGUUAAAGCGCUUGGGGGACGCUUUUUAUUGCCACGUUCUUUUCGUGUGCGUGUUCUCGGGCUGUUCGCAGCCUGAAAACGAAGUGAUCACUGCCUUGAGAGUGUGGGUCGAAAGGCUCGAAUUUUGCCAUUCUUUCGACUGAAGUGUGAUUUGACAUUGUUCCAGGGAUGAUGGGUGGGUGGGGGUGAGGGAUAAAAUCCUACAAGCUCUACUUUUACACCACGGCGCUGGCUUUUGUGAUUUCCAGAGUGAAUGGAUUAGGGUAAGAAGUCGCUGUCAAUAAUUCCGAGUUCAUAACGAAAAGCGACGUUUUCCUUUCUCCCCUUUUCUUACUGUUUUUUUUUUUUUGUAUCAACAACGAAUAUCUGAAACAUUCUUUUAAAAAACUGUCCCAUGAGUUUACACGCAUGAAGGCACAUACGUAUAUGCAAUAGCGCUCUGCACGAGGAUUGUCUUUGGCCUUCCAACAUACUUUUUCUCUCGACGUUCACAACACUAAACCCCGUUUCCUUGCAAAUGAUGCAUUGCAACUGACCUCUACCCUCUGAUUCAAGCUACCUGCAUAUAUCUCUCAGUGCGCAGCAGAAGUGUUUUCUCUUGCGUAUUUAUUUAUUUACUUUUUUUUUUUGUCGCGGAGGCCAUGGUUGCGCGGCAACGCAGGAUUCGACUAUAAGGCAAACUUACACGGAGGCCUCGCUCGGUUCAUACAGGUUAUGUGUAUUGUUUGAUCUUACUGAUUGCCUGCAUUAACGCGAAUUUUCCAAACUGUGAUCCUUAGAAAGCGGUGUUGUUGCUUCAAAUGGAAGCGUAGGUUCAGUUUACUUCUUUUUUUUAAUUCGCGGUCAUGAAAGGACGUGUAUUAAAACCGUCAAUUCGCGUGCCUGAAUUCGCGUUAACGCCUUAUUUUUCCUUUCUGUUAUUUAUUGAUUUUUAAACCCUGGCCCGUGCCAAGAAUGUGAAAGAUGAUUUAGUCUGGUCCAGCCACCGAGGGACAGAGUGUUAGCUCGAGUUUCAUAGAAACUGGAGUUUUCAUUUUGCUUUGUCUUUUUUUUUUGUGACGCGCGUCCGGCGGUGUUUUUUGGUACUAAAGAUUAAAGUAUAGCUUGCACAUUAAAUUAAAUUACGCUUUCGUCAAAAAAAGAAACUGUUGCCCUGAGAGGAGGCGUAUGCCACGCCGUAAAGGGAGUCAGAAAACGAGACAGGUGGCCAACACCACCGUGAAGUUUUCGCAACAGCCAGACGUGACGUCAUGCGUUUUGACUGCGCUUUCUCGAGCUUAGUUCACUAUCUGUUUGCUGGUAACAUAACAAAUGCGCUACGUUCAAAUGGAGCGAGGGAGUGAACGUGGAAGGUUCUCAAAUGUUUUGCUGCGCCACAGUGGCUCGACUAGGGGAAUUGAAACUCGUGACGUAUCACUGGUGUAUCUGCACUCCGGUUUCAGCGUUAAAUUUUUAAAAAUGGAAGCCUGGCCUUCGUUUUGCAAAAAUAAACCUAGUUCUGUCCGCAAGACUAACGAACGCAAGUUUUCAAUUUAAAAAAGUGAUGUGAUGUUUACUUUUCUUGCAGAAGCUGUGAUUCUCGUAAGUGCUAACAAGCUUGAGUUUGCCCUCCGUUCCGUUGUAUAGGCUGACUUUCCUACGUUUGAUUCCUGGUUAGUUUCACGUUUUGUAUUGCCCCAUUGGCUCGCUAGUUCAGCUUUUAUUCCGUACGGAAGCGUUUGGUCAACUUUAUCUUAGUGUCUUCUUUCAUUGCGAGUCAAUGUUGGCUGGAUUGUUUUAUUUGUUUAUGCUAGGAGGCACAAUAGGUUUUUAAAUACGUACGUUGCUGGCUUGCUGAGUAUUGAACUUCUGGAUUAUCCUUGUGGCAAUUAUCCAUAAUCACCACAAGGCUAAUCCAGUGUAGUUCAGUACUCAGCAAUCCACCAACGUAUUUAUUAAAAAUAAAAAAAAAAAACAUUUGAAACAGCGUUGCCGGUUUAUACUGAACUUCGUCAUGCAUAGCGUUUCAAACAAAAAAGAAAGCAAAAAAGAAAGUCGAUUAGGCUGUCACAGUAGCUGCCGAAUUAUAUCGUAGCCAAACUGCAUGCCAUGAAUCAGCAGUUACGAAGCCUUUUUUCCCCCUUCGCCUCAUUUCAAGCGGGCGCCGUAAAAACAUUUCGUUCACUAUCGUGAUAACCUCCUGUGAAGUCCCUACUACUGUAUAACACUGUCUGCGACGUUGGACGGAAGGUGUCCCUGAGAAAGGAGUGUUUCGUUUUGAGAGGCAAGCACAGUAGCGAGAAAGAAACGAGACGAGUACACAGAACUCCGCGGCUUUCUUUCGCGCUUCUGCGUGUUCCUCUCCAGUCACGAACCAGCUCGACUAGGAAAAAGUUUGUUUUUUAUUUUUUUUCUGAGCGUUUCGCUUGCCAGCGAGAUCGUUAAACUGGGGAGUCUGCAUGCAUGCGCCGAGGACGGCAGAGUGAUACCAACGUGAUACGCACAAAUUCUCGAGCUUGAGCGGCCCAAGUAUGAGCUGCGCUUCGACCAACACCUCGCAGAUGAGGAAUGGAAGCACACGUGAUCUGACUCUGACGUCAUCUGGAAAGGCCGCCGACGUCAUUAGACACUUGAAAAGUGUGCGUGGGCUUUCUGAUAUCUGAAGAGCUGUUGUUUCGACGCAGACCCGGGGUGGGUGCCGUUCUGGACACUGCGGAAUUCGGCAAUGGCGGCGUCUUAAAAGCCAAUCGGAGAAUCCGAGAUGGCGAAUUCGACAACACGGCGGAAUUCAACGGUGUCCAGAAUGAUGCCCUCUCUGUGACAGUCUUUCUGUAGCUGAGCUUUGCUCACAAUUGCACCCACUUCUCGGAAAUACAGGUUUCUCUGAUAGUGUACCGCUGAUGCUUUUACUGCGCGCCACGGUGCUGCGCCGGGCGUUUUAACUUCCUCACGCGCAGUCUAUUAUAGCUUCGCAUGUUUGAGGACGCGGUAUAUGAUAUGAGAGAGGGCAUUCUCAGGAGAGCUGCUGAAGCGACUCCUUUCAAGCGCAUGUGCGCAAUAUCAUGCGAGAAAAGACUCCUAAUACGAGCAUAGCCCUCGAUUCAGCUAGCCUUCGCCGAAACCGUGUAUAGGCCGCGAGGACAGUGAACACACGAACAAGUUUUUUUUCUUUUUUUUUUUUUGUACGAACUGCUAUCUCGGGGCAGCUGUUAUUGCGACGACUGCUUCACACGCGAUCCACGUGCCAAAAAAAGAAAACGGUGGAACUUGUCCGUCGGCGGUCCAAUAUUUAUUUCUUAUUCCGAGCAAUAUUUCGCAGGCGCACUCGCUACUGCUUCGCUCAGGGUGGAGUUUGCAAGGACGUCUGUGUGAGUCUCCUCCUCACAUAGACGGGGAGGGGGGGGGGGGGGCAGGAUGUUUCGAAAGCCGUGUCGGACAAGCCGCGGGGGUCAGUCUAGUCACGAGUUGUCCUUUGACCCUUCCACCUAAUAAACACUGUCCUCUUCCUUUGACUUUUUGAGGGAGCUUUCCGCGCGCUUCCGUUGUAUGCCUUCACCAUUUUCUCACUCGCGACCAAUACGGUCGAAACAUUCAGAGUUCCAAGCGAACAGCUGUUGGAGGCACCAAUGUACAUUUCUCAUGACACUGUCUAGUUCCUGGUUGAGUAAAACUGUUUGGCGACUGCUUUCGCCUUUUCUUUCUUUUAUCUUCUGGCACACGCCUUUGGUGCAUUACCGUGGUAUACGUAUUUGGUUUCGUUGCAGGAAAUAAAUAAAAUCGCUGAGAGAUUCUUUCUUUUAUUCGUUUUUCUUUGUAACCUCCGGGUGCAGGGAAUGGCCGGGGUUCUGGUGUUUUGUUCUGGAUUUGACAAUUGGUCAUUGCUGUUCUUUUUUAUGUUUUGUUGAUAUUUAAGUACCUUUAACAACCCUUGUUUCCGUUAUUUUUAAAGCGUUUUUGGCACUAACGGGUGACUCUGCAGUAAGGUGAGGUAAAAGAGAAGCGCGAAGAGGGGAGUGGAGUGAACUGUACUCGCGCGAAUCUUCGUGCCGCGGCUCUGUACUUAUACACAUGCAAGAAACAAGGAUGCGAGUUUGCAGAGUACUUAAAACAAGACUUGUAUAUGACUUUCACCACGAUUGCAGGAAGACGUUGCAUCUUUGAUAAAGCUAUAUUACAUACUAUACGGGCAGCACAACAGGCAACGCGCUCGCGUACGAUGAGCGUCUCCUUCUUCCUUUUUAACCUUAUCCUUUCACGCCUAUGCCGACUCUCUUUCCAAUGUACGCUACGUACACAGUAUAGCUGAAUUUUCACUCCUAUUAAUAAGAAAUGAGAAAAAAAAAUAACAUAGCUGCUCUGUCGUGAGGAAAGGUCCAGUUAUACAUACUAUAGCAAAUGACAUAUAACCGUUUUCUACAAAAGACGAAGGAAAACUUUUGAAAAAAAAGUCUCAAAUUGCCCGCGCUUACGGGGAUGGUGUUCUCCCUGCAUUCGCUGGCGUGCAUGACGCGUCCUUCCUCUAGAGGGCGCGCUUGUUUUUACAUUUCAUGUAAAUAUAUAGUAUAGUAUGCGCAGCAGUGGUGUGCUCCAUACAACUGACGAGGCUGAUCUAUCAAUCUAUACUUCUCUGGUGAAUUGCUGGUGAUUAUACUAUAAAGUGCACGCAAACGUCUGUCUCUGAAUUUCGAUAGACUUUUUUUCUUCUUCCGUCGUGUAAUGUGCGAUGCUGAAGAAGCGCCUUGUCCUUUAUCUGAAAUUGGCGAAAACCGCUCGUUUGCCUGUCCUUUUCUCUCGCAUGCAUUUUUUUUCUCGUGUCGCCAUUUCCCUGCUUCCUGCGCAAGUGGUCGUCCACCACCGCUGAUGAUGAUGUCUCGUUUGGGUCUCCAUGGCUUCGCAAGCCGCUACGUUUUCGGCGCUUUGCAUAGGUGUAUGCAUAUCGUUGCGGUAAUAAACUGAAACGACUACGCACGCUUUCCGAUACAGAACACUGCGUAUAUGCAUUGGGCAUUUGACGGAGCCGUCAUUGGGAGACUUCCACUUGACCAGGAUGAUUGGGGGUACCAUUCUGCACCUUGCAAGAAACGUUAAACAAUUCGUCUUUCUGUAAGCUCACGCAAGAUAUUUCUUUAUUUCGUUCCUUCUUUCUAUAGUAUUUUGUGAGCGUGUGCUCUGGACCCCAUAUAGUAUGUACCAUACGUUUGUAGCUGGAGCUUUGGUGCUCUGUAUUACGCCCGCAGAGUUGACGCUGUGCGGCGGUGUUUUGUUAAGCCCUGUCACGGACGGGGCGCACUUGUUGUACGACAUAAAAAGAGCUUAUACGAGACUCUCUCCUUCGACACUUGUAGUGCUGCAGUACAGAAUAUCUUGUUGCGGUGCAUUUUUUCUCCUUGCUGCCCACGUUUGUUUGUUUGUUCAUGUUUUUCCUUUUUCGAUGAUGAAAGCAAAAAUAAAAAGGAUUGAAUACCUAC